AUGACAGCCCUGUCAACACUCCCAAUCAACAUCGAGGAUACCAAUCCUCUCACUUCCAACACCAUGGAUUCAAACAAACCUUCAGAUCGAAUCUCUCGAUCCUUCACCCCCGGCCAGUGCCUCUUUUGUCCCAUUGCAUCCCCAACUCUCGAGGAUGGUAUGGUUCAUAUGCAAAAGUCCCACGGCCUUUUCAUCCCACAACAGCAACAUCUCACAGUUGACCUUGAAACAUUCUUCAGAUACUUGCAUCUCGUCAUAUUCGAGUACCGAGAAUGUUUGUACUGUGAAACAACGAGAUCCACUGUCCAAGCUGUGCAACAGCACAUGAUGGGUAAAGGUCAUUGCAAAUUUGACCUUUCGGAGGACUCAGAGUUCGCUGAUUUCUAUGACUUUUAUCAAAGUCGGGAAGACGUUGCUGAAGAUUCCUCGAGUGAUAGUGGCAGCGACAAGGAUAACCGCAGGCCAUUGAAAGUGGACCAGGACUCUAUGCGUCUGCCAUCUGGACGACUCAUCUCCAAGAAGACCUCAGCACAAGCGGAGCCUUCGCUUUCUCAAAUACGUCGUCGACCACGCACCACAACUCCUCAGAUAGAAUACGUCACCGAGCCCGAUUUCGAGCCUGAUACUAGCAAUGGCCCUUCUAUCCCCGACACCCAGGCGUUGACCAGACGGGAAAGGCGACAGAAGGCUACAGCAGCACAUCAACUAGCAAACAUGGGUGUCGGUGAUCGCACUGCUCUGAUGCACCUGUCUUCAGCUGAGCAGCGCUCACUCAUAGCUACGAACCAGAGAUUUAAGGAGAAGACGCAGAAGGAAGAGGCUAAGAGUCAACGAAGGAUUGAUAGAAAGGGAAACAAGAACUUGUAUGCUUAUUGGCACACUGAAACGCCGGUGUAUCAGUGUGGUUAG